AUGGUUGAUUUUCAAAAGAGAGGAAGAGGGCGCCCAGUAGAUCUGAAACCAGUUCACUUAUCACCUCUUUAUAAGACUGCCUGUGAAAUCUCAAAGGUAAAGUUUUGUGAUUUGAUGCACCUCCUGUCUUAUGUUCCACCAGUUCAUCAUAGAUUUAACCAUUUGCUUAAGCUCUAACAGGUUCAAGCCAUCAGCAGUGGUAAUGGAUCAAGUGGCGAGGAAAGUGAAGGCAGUGUACGUAUGAUGUAGUCACUUUAUAACAAUUUUUCAUUUAUUUACUAAGAAUGAAAAAUGGUACGAAUAAGGGUUUUCAUUAGAAGGCAGCAACCUGCGAUUGGCCUCCACAUACUUUGGAAAUUAUACCCACCUACAUUGCAUUCUAGUUUCUCUUUUCUUCUUAAUUUUUGUUCAUUGCAGGGCCGCCUACUGAAGUUGGGGUGGACACCCUCUCUAUGUUCCUUAAACUAACGCAUCGUACGUUUGGUCCUUUCCUUUCCCCUUCUGAUUUUUUUUCGUUUUCAGCAUUACCACCCACCUGUUCUCUCAAUAGUUUACCUGAUGAGGUCAUUUUGCAGAUUCUGUCUGGUUUAAGCCUCCCUGAAGUUCAAUGCACUGUGGCACGAGUAGCAACUGUUUCUACACGCUAAGCCACCAUUCUUCAUUGUGGUUCACAAUAAGGUCUUCUGACAACACCAUUAUCAAAAAUGUAGUACAUUUCAGGGAGUUAACAAUAUACAACUGCAGAAAUGAGACCAGUUUGGAAUAUAAUUGUAAAUGAUGAAUAACAGUGUAUUAACUUGAAGGAGUGAGACAUCAGCUUGUUUGAAAUGCAUCAGUGACGUUUCAUUCCUUAAUGACAUGAUACAGUUGGAAGAGUUAUGUAUGGAUCAAUGUCAAAACAUCAGUCCUGACAAGGUCCUCAGAGGUCACCCUAACCUUCAGAAACUGUCCAUAAACAUAUGCUUUGAGUUUAAGUCAUGUCACUUGCAGCAGUUGUGUGUCAAUGAUAAAAAGAAAGGUACUUGAACAAAGCAGCAAUUUAACACUUUUUGCACGGCUGACUCCAAUCGCUUUUCUGAACAAUUUCACUGUUUGGAAUUCCGCGUUAAGAGACUAUAAAGACUAUUUUGGGGGGUGAUCUCUUGUUUUUGCACAGGCUUACUGACUAGUAUCUUUUUAAAAUAUGCAAAAUGUUUUUAGCUUCUAUUAUAACAGAGUUCAAACAACAUGCGCGGGCUACGUACUUGGGCGGUGUGCUGUUUUAGAGAACUUGCAGAAAUUAAACUGGUUUCCAAUUAUAAAACGAGAGAGCUAGCACCACUGAAAAUCACUCAAAAAGCCCUCUACGAUGAUGUCUGGCCUGAUUACUUAUGCCUUAAAUUCCAUAUAGGCACUAAGUUGGCUAUUCAAACUCAAAGAGACACUUUUCAGGACUCAGCAGCGAGAUUAUUUAAUACGCUACCUGAUAGGUUAAGGCAAGAGCCUAACUAUAGCAAGUUCAUUAGGUUAGCAAAGAAGCUCAUGUUCUCCAAAGGAGAAAGCAUAUGA